AUGACUUUUUUGCCAUCAGAAGGAAACGAAUUUCUCGAUGAAAAGAACGAGGGAGAAGACAGCACAUCUCCAUUACGAUGGUCCCCACCAACAUCAACCGGGUUGGUGGCAGCUGCACUAGGCCCGCCUGCACUCAGACCGUGGCUCCCGGACCCGCCAACAAAGAAGAUCAACCACUUGGGUCUUGUAUGCGUGGUGUGUGGAGACACCAGUUCCGGCAAGCACUACGGAAUUCUUGCUUGCAAUGGCUGUAGCGGUUUCUUCAAGAGAUCUGUUCGAAGAAAGCUUAUAUACAGAUGUCAAGCCGGCACAGGAAGAUGCGUGGUGGACAAAGCACAUCGGAACCAGUGUCAAGCGUGUCGUCUGAAAAAGUGUUUGACCAUGGGCAUGAAUAAAGAUGCAGUGCAAAACGAACGUCAACCACGGAACACUGCGACCAUACGACCGGAAACAUUACGAGACAUGGACCAACAGAGAGCUCUACGGGAAGCAGCUGUCGCUGUCGGAGUCUUUGGUCCCCCGGUGUCACUGGCGAUGGCGCUGUCGCCAGCGCGGUAUCCACUGCUGUCUCCGCACUACGCGCCUCUACCGCCGCCGCAAUCAACACAACAUCCGCAACCAGACUCAUCCCAUGACCACAACGAUGGGAGCCACGCGCACUCAGACAGCGAUGAUGACAGCAUUGACGUCACCAACGAAGAGGAUUCAACGUCAUAUUCUCCACCAGUCGUCUCCAGCUACUCUCAAAGCUGUAUACCAUAUGGACCUCUUGGCAUAGAGAGUGCGGCAGAGACGGCAGCCCGGUUGCUAUUCAUGGCUGUCAAAUGGGCAAAAAACUUGCCUUCCUUCGCUAGCCUCGCCUUCCGUGACCAGGUAAUUCUUCUAGAAGAAGCGUGGUCAGAACUGUUUCUCCUGAACGCGAUACAAUGGUGUGCGCCUAUGGAUGCCGCUUGUGUCGCGCUCUUUGGCACCGAACAAAGUGAUCAAGAAAAUGGCGGGUCCUCGGUACUGAGGAGGCUUCGGUCGGUGGUGUCACGCUACCGCAGCGUGCUCGUGGACCCUGCUGAGUUUGCCUGUAUGAAGGCCAUCGCGCUCUUCAAGUGUGAAACCAGAGGUCUGAAAGACCCUCUCCAAAUAGAAAACCUCCAGGACCAAGCGCAAGUAAUGUUGAUGACACACGCGAGAACUGCUCACGGGGCGGCGCCGGCGAGGUUCGGAAGAUUACUUCUACUUCUACCCCUAUUGCGUAUAGUCACCCCCCAACAGCUAGAGAGGGAGUUCUUCACGAAAACCAUCGGGCAGACGCCGAUGGAAAAGGUUUUGGCUGAUAUGUAUAAAAAUUAA